AUGUCGACCCCGACUCCCAUGAAGCACGGCGUUUCCCAACAAGGACGCACGCCCUCACAGCUCGCAGCCGCGACACCUCCAGUCUCGACACCCUUCUCCAACCCUGCCCAAGCAGCCUUCUCCCCCCACGGCCCACGGUCCUCCCCCCAGCAUGUUAAGAAAUCCCCGGCCACGAUCCUGGGCAACAUGCCUCCGGGCGCCUUGAACUUCGAUAGUCCCUCGACGUUGGCAGCAUUUGGCGGCCAGGCGUUUACCGACCACGAGUUUGAGCAGCAGAAGCAGCGCUUCGAGCAGCAAAACCAGCAAGAACGCGCGUUCGCAUCCGAGGCAGACAAACUCAAACGAUUAGAAGACAUCCUGAGUGUUCUCAAUAAGAAGAAGGGCCUGGUUAGCGAGGUCGGAUUGGAGCGUCUCGCCGAGCGGAACGGGUUCGAUUGCCUGAAAGAAGACACAAUAGUUUCAGGAGGCCGAAAGCUGAAAACACUGGUCAUAGCAGGGUCCAGCACUCAGAUUGACAUCGUUUUGGACAACAACAUCGUUCAGCAUGUCACUCUCGCCUUUCCCGGGCUGCCAGAGCCCACGGCACGGCUUAUGGAGCCGGCGAGCCAGAUCCUUCUCCGGGACUUGAAGCUGCGGCCGAAACAGAGCCCAUUGACCAAGGAGCUGGAUAAAUUCGCAUCAAAUUUGGAGAGAUUGGCAAAGCUUGAUCAGCUCAGUAUUGUGGAGGCUGGCUUCAUCUGCCACGAGGCUCUGACAGGCAUCUAUAAAAGUCUACAGAGGCUUCACGAAUGGGACAUAUCGAAACUCCGAGAGCAGCCUUUAUAUUCUGGAAAGCCGCAGCAAUUUCUGGCAUUGCAAGCUAUGUGUUCGGGACAUGGUGUCCCUCUUUUGCAUGCACGAGAUCGUGUGGGAUUAGCUUUGCAAUACUGGAAGGAGCGCCGUUUUCUCCCACCCUCGGACGACAAGACUGCGGCAUAUGCCAGUGACGAGGAGAAAGUAUGGUCUAUGGUCAUAGAGUGCGCAGCUAUGGAAGGCCUUUCUGAGGCCCCAGCCAGGGUUUCGGACGAUUGGAUCUCCAAGACGAUUCUAAAAGGAGGUGUCAUGACCACCGACCCCCUGGACAUUCACUCUUUGGACUGGCAGGAACCUGAUACGGUGGCCCUACCUCCGCCCGAAGAAGGAAAGAAGGAUAAAGGCGUGGACAUACUUCAGCCAGAUAUGAUGACCACCAAGCGAGUGCCCCAGGUCAAGUUUACGGCGACGUUUGACCCCCCGGUCAUUCUCACCCACAGCGACUGGCUUCGACUGUACGAGUUUGUCAAUAUCGAGGCGCCGACGCAAUUUUCCUUCCCACCUACUUUUGAUGUGAUGCACUUCCCUAUACCCCCAGGAUCGACUCACGACCCUAGCGAACUGCGUACCAUUACGCGACAGAGGCGGGUCCGCGUCUUUGACAAGGACGGCAAGGAGCAUGAAAAGACACACAAGAACACCCUAUUCAAUUAUAAGCGAAUUUAUGGUAUGUCGAUUCAAGAGCUAAACUUUGCCCACCCAAAGCAGCUUCUCGCCAUGCUGCCACUCCUAAGACAAUACGCCUUUCUUUCUAUUCUGCUGGAGAAUAGCUUCGGCAGCAAGACUCAGAAUUAUGAAGCGAACGGUUCCCAAGAGAAUCAGGAUCUUGGAGCGGACCAGAUCAAGAGCACCAAGACAGAGGACGCUGAACUGGAUAUGUUCCUUCAACAAUCUCGUGAGAAUGGUGCCAAAGAGCCCCAAUCAGCUACGGAACCUGAGGAAGGGGAAACCAAUAUGGAUGUCAUCCUCUGGGUCCAUCCCACUCCACGUUUGAAGGUCGUCUUCCCUUUUAGAUCGGCAACAGCAAAUGUUGAGAUGAAUAUUCUUCAGAAUGGCAUUGUGGAAAUUACUAAUGAUAAUAUCCUUACCCCCGAGGGCCAGGACAACGAAGAGACUCGAAAAGAUAAGGGAAAGGCACUUACGAGAGCAGAUCUGGGCAAGACUCUCGAGUACCUGGAGGAUCUGUGCAAGUGGACAGAAUGGAUUCGCACCAGGCUAUCCUGA